ACACACACACACACACACACACACACACACCUCCUGCACUGUUCUCUCAGCAGACAUGAGCAUUGACCACAAACGGCUGUGAAAAGUAAAGUAUUGCUUGAUUCACAGCGACUUUCAUUUGCGCGGCGAUUUUGGACAAAAGACUUUUCAAGACCGAUGGAGAAGCCACUGUCCCCUCGAGAGUCCGGUCAGUUUGUGGCCGAGCGCAGUCGAGAUGUGUUCGUGGAUGAAGAUGGAGUGAAGCGUGUGGUGCAGAUGAUCUACGAGCUCCGUGAGAGCGAGGAGUUCACAGCCAGCGGCUGGAAGAAGAUGAAUCCUCUCGCCCCUUCGCCAGACUCGGAUGAAGCCAUCAACUGGGUGUUUGUGACAGACACCAUGAACUUCUCCUUCUGGCCCGAGCGAGAGGAGCAGCAGUGUGAGGUGGUGUGUCGAGGAAACACCUAUCGAGGAUACAUGUCUCUCUGUGCUGCUGUGACCAGAGCUAUGGAUGAAGGAGUGCCCAUCACAAGCCCUUCGUACUUCUCUCAGAUGAGCGAGGCCGAGCUGGCCAGGGUCCUGCGCUCAGACAGCGGGACUCCCAUGCCGAUGCUGCGAGAGCGUCACCAGGCCCUCACCCAGGCCGGACGAGUGCUCCUGGAGCGCGGGGGAUCCUUCCGGAUGUUCAUCGGUCACUGUGAGAACGAUGCAGAGAAGAUGGUGAAGUACAUUGUGGAGAACAUACCGUCAUACAGAGACGAGGCCAUGUACGAGGGUAAGAGGAUCUCGUUUUAUAAGAGAGCUCAGAUCCUUGUGGCAGACUUCUGGGGCAUCAUGGAGGCACGAGGAGAGGGACACAUCCCUAACCUGGACUUCCUGACCAUGUUCGCUGACUACAGGGUGCCACAAGGCCUCGUGUACCUCGGCGCUUUACGCUACUCUGAUGCCCUUAUGGAGACACUGAAAAACGGUGAACUGUUGAGCUCAGGUGAGAGGAGAGAGGUGGAGAUCAGGGCUUGCUCCAUCUGGUGUGUGGAGAGAAUCCGGCAGCAUCUGUGGAAGCUUGUGGAGGAGAGAGACGGGAAGAGCUGCCACAUCAACUCUGCACUAAUUGACUUUUACCUGUGGCCAUAUGCUAAAAAACACCACAGAGAAAUGGCGCACAUCCCGAUACACCACACACGCUGCAUCUACUACUGACAAGAACAGAAGUUCUGUUUUGUAUCAUGCUGUUUAUACCAUCAAAUAAAGUCAGGAAAAUGAGGUGAAAACGGUCA